UGUGGAAGUGGCAGUUGGUUGAAUUUCCUCCUCAUUCCACCAAAAGAGGCACGAACCGUGAAUUUCUUUAUAUACUUUUAGCUCUCUAUCUCUGUCACCCUCCCCAAUAUUUUCGACGCACUCCAACGGUCGUCGGAGUCGGCAAUUUAAAGUGCCACAGCAGAUGUACUUUAGCAAUCGCAAGCAAAGGUGCUCCUGCAGGGAAAAAGACUCAAAUAGUGUGAUCCACAAAGAACAUUCCCCAAAUUACUGGGGAUGUCUCACUACACCAAUCCGGCGUUCUGCCUCCAAAGUGAGUUGUACACACCGCCGACUAAAGUGCAGAAAAGUGAUGCUGUGAAGUGCGCAACGGAUAUUCGGGGUGUCGGUUCACCUGGGAGGACGCUGCCGCAGCACACGGGGCAAUUUUUGCCACCAAAACCCGGUCCUAAACCCCUCUCGCUCACCACCUCCAAGUCUUUUGGAUCCAUUGAGUUGAUUAACACAACACGCCCAACGCCAACAGUUGUAACUUCCUCAAGCCCCAUGCGUGGGAGGAAUCAAGGGGGUAGCUCUAGUGGGAAAUUCGCUCUGGUGCCCGUUGAGGAACUUUCCAGGAAUGAUAAGCAUCGCUACACCGUAGUUCCGGCGCAACGAGCUAAAUUCUUAGCUAGCCGAGAAGCUCUCAACACUUCCGAUGAUGCUCCAUUCUGCAGUCUACCAAUUAAUUUUUCCCCUGAUGAACAACCUAAGCUGAAGAAUGCCUUUUCAACGAAUUUUGACUCCAAAAGUUUCUUCCUCAACGAUUCGCGCUACACCCUCAUCCCCACGGAUAAGGAUGAGGAGAUUGUGGAUGAAAAUCACGAAAUAAUUGAAAUUCACAAUGGAAAGGUUCACAGAUAUGCUGUUCUACCGACAGAAGAGGAUCCCGAUGAUAUUCAGGAGCAGGAGGAAACAUCGAUGAAUAGGAAUUUUCAGACUAUUGCACGGAGUCCAUCCAGGAGAAGGCUUCAUCACAGUUAUGCGUCAAUUAGAGAUACCAAAUCACCACCGAAGGUACUUAAGACACCAACAGCAGCAGCAUCAACACCACAGCGUCCAGCACCACCAGUUCCAGUUCAGAUGUCCACCCUGACGCCACAGAAGAAUCUGGCCACGCAGAAACUCCAUGAACUCCUGUCGACACCCCCGCAAAAGACACCACAGAAGAAUAUUUCAGCCGCCACGACUCCCAGACAAAUUCCCGCCACAACGAGUACUCCGGUAAAACAGCUCGCACCGCAGCGUCGUCUUCGCUACGAAGAGCAGCAGCAUGGACACGUACCGACGGAUAUUCGCACAACUGCAGUCAUUUCACCGCGCCUCCAGGCACCAUCUCACUACGACGAUGCAACCCCCACGAAAUCCUGGUCCAAUCUCAGCUUGCAGAAAGUCGCCAAUGCCACUGCGACAAUUGGAGCAGUCUCCCUCAUGCUAAUCCUCUGUGGGCUCAUGAAUUCCGGGCUGAGUAUUUACUUGGUUGCACGCGUGGGGAGAUCCCAUUAUCUGGAUACUGGAAUUAUUUCGGGCUUCUCUGCUGUUGCUCUUGGAUUCCUUGGCUUCCGCUCCAGGCAGUGUGAAUGGCUACCCAAUAGGAAUUAUACUUCAGGCUACAUCCUGGUCACGGUGUUCUCCUUGCUGAAUUGCUGUGGACUUCUCGUACUCCUUGCACUGCAUCCCAUUCCAGGUACACCAAUCCACGACAUCACAACUGGCGUCGUUCUUGGGCUUUCAUCUCUCACCCUCCUUCUUAUCAGCUUGGGAGCAAUUUCAUCCCGUUGGUGCAGAUCUCCACCGCCUGAUAAUCGCGUGGACUAUGUCCACUGAAUUUUUCUUGCAUGAUAUCAAAUAAAGAAUUUUUCCAAUUUUCAUAAA